GUUAAUCUCUCACUUAAAUCUUUUAUAUUCAAACUGUUAUCAUGCGUUGUUCCAGGCUUCUUAUUUUUAAUUUAUAAUCUUUUGAUCUGUUUCGACUGAAACUGAGACUCUUUAUAGGAAUCAACACAUUAAUUCAUUUUUCUAUCCCAAACCUUUCAUCAUGCUUGGCCAGUUCUCUCCCGGUGGGCCCUAUAAAGCUCAGUCCAACACGCCAUCCUGGAGCCUAGCACCCCACCCUCAGCCCUUCCACUUUCGCUCACGCACUGAACCCGUAGACUGGAGGCGUCUCGCUGCCCUUGAUGUGGACCGGGUAGCGCGGGAAAUGAAUGUCAGUGUGCUGCAGGAUUUCAUUACAACUGUAACUUUCUGUGACGUGGUGGGUGAGCGUUGUCCGAACUGUCGUGGGCCUGCUGAUCCUUCUUUGAUCAAACUUCUCCGUAUGUCUCAGCUGAGCACUGAGUACCUGCUCCACUGUCAGGACUAUCUGAGUGCUCAGCUGUCAGAAUUGGAGGAGCGUCUGCAGGGGGCGCUCUCUCAGGCCCAGCUAGAGGGAGAACAACGAGUAGAGCUAGAGAAAAAACUGCAGGAAACCAAGGUGGAGAUGCGGCAAAAAAAGAAGUUGAUCGCCACUCAACAGCUCCUCCUGCAGGCCAGCGCUAAUAAUUAUAACAAGUGCCAGUUAUGUGAAAAAUCAUUUGUUAAUUACUCCUACUUGCAAGCACAUGUUCAGCGACGACAUCCUGAGGUCACAGAUGCAGAGAGGCAGAAGAAGAAGCAGGUCGAACAGAUGGAGGAUGGAAUAGAAGAGUUGAAGGAGAGGCUGAGAGUGACACACAUACAGCUACAGGCAGAGAGAGAAACGGACAGUUUAAGGCGACAGCAGGAGCAAGAGGAGCAGCGAAGAAGAGAACAGUCAGAGAAAGAAGCACUGGACAAAUGGAAAGAGGAGGAAAGAAGAAAAUUUCAGCAGGAAAUUGGGGAGCUGAGACAUCUUUUUCUCCAGGAGUCUAAAUAUAUGGCAAGCAAGAGCUCAUCCAUAGAGGCUAAAAUGCUGGAGCUGCAAAACAGAGAGGUAGAUGUGUUUAACAAUGUUUACAAGAACAAAAGUUUUCAAGAAGAGAGUGACCAUGAGAAAGAAAGAAGAGAAAACAGAGAGAGAGAGCUGAAAGAGAGACUGAUCCAGAAGAAAAAUGAAUGGAGGAAUACGUUUCUGGAAGCACAGAACAGACACCAGCAGGAGAAAGAGGAGCUGCAGAGUGAGAAUGCCAGGCUUCUGAAGGCCUUGUCUGUGGAGAAAAACUCGGGCUCCAGUCUACAGAGACUCCAACAGCAGGUUGUUUCUCUCUCCUCUCAGAUGAGACAGAAGGACAGACUCAUCAAAUCUCAGGAGGCGAAGAUAAAAAAACUGUCAGUCAUGCCAGUCACAGUUCCAGUGGUUUCUCAUAAUGCCCAAGAUUCUCCUGAGGAAAAAGAGGAAGAAGAUGGAGAGAGCCUGGAGGACUCAGGAGAAGCCCAGUGGAAGAUUCUAGAGUCAUUUCCUGGAAUCCCAGAGCUGAUGAGAGAGUUUAGAACCAUCGUAGAAGAACUGCUGGAUAAAAAACUGGAGAAUAUGGGACUGCGGAAGGGUACCAAGGGCAUCUCAAAGCAAACCUUUAAGAGUUUGAGUGCUCUGUUGAAUGGUCAGCGGCUGCAGAGGUCCAGACAGCACCAAGACCUUCAGAACCUUAGGGACAACCUGGCACGUGAGGUCACCAAGCGAGCGAAAGGCCUACAGAAGAGCCAGGGGAAAUCAUCACCCAGCUCUUUGAAUCAGAGAGGCAAGAAAAAUUCAACCCCAGUGAAGGACAAAAGGCUCAGAUCCAGCUCAAAGCCGUCCACUGAGAGAGCCAAUACCCAGCAGUCACAAGCACUUACUCCAACACCCACCCCACGCUCCAGAGCACCUCCUCAGGUUCAGUCUCCUGCAACACGGCAAAAAAAGAAUAGCACACCUCCUUUCAGUUCAGAGGAGGAAGAGUCAGUUGAAGACAGUGACUAUAUCACCAGCUCUCGGGGCAAACCCUCCCCCUCAGUGCGACUUGUCCAAUCAGGAUCACUGCUGAACCCAACUGCUGAGCUUGACUGGUCAGAAAGUGAGCUUUCAGAGGCAUCAGGCUCCCCCAAACGACACAAAGCUCCUAGUCCACAUGGUUCUGUUGUCCAAACUCUGACAAGAAGCUUGGAAAGACAGAUAAGCACACCAGUCAAUAAGCCUGUGGGUGGAACUAGAGUUUUUCCACCACCUUCCAGUCCCUCCCCUCGCCCCACCAUUGUAAAGCAGCGAGCGCUAUCUGAUGAGGAGAGUGAUUUGGAGCUGUCCUCCAUAGAGGAGCUCACAGCCCCCCCAGCAGGUGUGCAGAGGAGCUCAGAGCUUCAGUCCAUCCUGAUGCUCCAGAAUGCCAGUGCUGCUGCUUUCAGCUGACAGACACAUGAUUUGAAAUCCUCUAAUAUGAAUGCCUUGGGGCCCGGCUUCAAUACACAGUAUCCACUAAUACACAACACCAAGGAGACGAUUCAGCUCUCACAGAAAGAACAUGAAACAGUGCAUUUGUUGUUCUAAAUCUGAGGCAACACAGAUGCUGUAAACUGGAAAAAGUCCCGUCGGUGCUGGAUAUGGAACAGGCUUAAGUUCUCAGAAAAGGCUUCAAGAUGGAGGAAGAUAAUUAAGUCCAGCUAUCAGUAAUAGUAAAAAGGUCUUUGUGUUGACCCCUCGGGUCUUGUAGAUGGUGAGUUUUGAGGGUAAAUUGAUUUAAGCUGUGUGGCUUUUCAUCAGUACCAGGAGAAAUACUGUAUUUACUGCACUUAAUUACCUAUUUACACAUCUAUAUUACCUAUUUACAUGUCUGUCUGUCUGUCUGUCUGUCUAUCAUCAUUUUAUUGCACUCUGAACAAUGUUUACUCUGAUAAUCUGCACUAUUGUGCCAUUUUGUUCCCCUUUAGAUGAUUAAUUGCACUUUUUCACAUUUUAUUAUACUAUGAAUAUUAUUGUUCAUGCUAACUGUAAUUCAUUCGCUCUGUAGCGUACUUGU